AUGAAAUCCAGCAAAUCAUUGGCUGAAAGUAACGAUAUAUCUUAUGACAGCUCAUCCGAGUUUGUCAUCAAUAAAGAAUGGAAACUAAUCAAACGCAUAGGUGCGGGAUCGUUUGGUGAAAUUUUUCUGGCCACUCACCGUCGGACCAACGAAGAAGCUGCAGUCAAAUUGGAAGUUUACAAAUCCGGCGUACCAGUACAAUUACAGACCGAAUUUCACCUACUACGCACGCUAAGCAAUAAUCCGGGAAUCACGAAAAUCUACUGGUUCGGUCGAGAUGGCGUGCAAAAUCUUUACACAGCACUUGUAAUGGAAUAUUUGGGACCCAGUUUGGAAGAUCUACAUGUGUACUGUGAUUGUAAAUUCUCACUUAAAACGGUCGCAAUGUUGGCCGACCAAAUGCUGAAACGUAUCGAGACUUUGCAUCGGCAUUGUCUCAUUCACAGAGAUAUUAAACCGGACAACUUUGUCAUGGGUGUGGGUCCCAAUUUUAACACGGUUUAUGUGAUCGAUUUCGGUUUAUCUAAAUACUACAUGGAUCCGAAAACGAAAGAACACUGUGCUUUUCGAGAUUUUCGCAAUCUAACUGGUACGGCUCGGUAUUGCAGCAUCAAUGCACAUGCUGGUUACGAACAGUCUCGCCGGGAUGAUUUGGAAUCAUUGGGCUAUGUUUUCCUCUAUUUCAUUCGAGGCAGUUUACCCUGGCAAGGUCUCCAGGCUGACAGUAAACGGGAAAAAUUCCGAAAGAUUUACAAAACGAAGUUAAGCAUGCGUACAGAGACUUUAUGUCAAGGUUUGCCCGAGGAAUUUGCCAAAUAUCUUAACUAUUGUCGUAAUUUGGCGUUUGAAGAAGAGCCGAAAUACAAGUACCUACGUGGACUGUUUUGGCGUAUUAUGGAAAGGAAGUCCUUCAAAUACGAUUGCCAAUUCGAUUGGAAUGAGAAUGCAUUGGGUGUAAGACACUGA